AUGGUAUCCACCAACCUGGCUGCUCAGGAUAAGGACUUGAUCAUCCUGAUGAUCCGCUUGAUGCGCUCCUGGGAUGAUCCAUUGAGCCAGCUCACGACUGCAGCUGCUCGCCUGCCGAAGGUUCCCUCGAGUUUCCUGAGGAACGCUGAAGUGAUCCAGGAGAAAAUGCAGCUACUUUUAGAAGGCCUGAAGAGCAUAGCCAUACAGGAAAACCUGUAUAUGCAAGACCCAAACUUCUAUCUUAUGCCUAUAAAAAGUUGUCACACAGCCUCAAUCUCUACUCCACAACGAAAGGACGAGGCCCUGAGGAUGCACGAUAAGGACUUGAUCAUCCUGAUGAUCCGCUUGAUGCGCUCCUGGGAUGAUCCUUUGAGCCACCUGAGGACUGCAGCUGCUCGCCUGCCGAAGGUUCCCCCGAGUUUCAUGCAGUACACUGAAGUGAUCCAGGAGAAAAUGCAGCAACUUUUAGAAGGCCUGAAGACCAUCGCCUUACAGAUUGACCCUCAAAUCUGGAACUAUGGGGAACCUGUCCUCUGGAAAGAACUCCCAUCUUUGCAGUCAACUAAUGGAGACGUAUUCAUGGAUACCUUUUACAACCUGUGCAGGUGCCUGCGCAGGGAUACAAAUAAGGUGGACACUUUCCUAAAGAUUCUGAAGAAGCGAGAGGACUACGCUGACACCUCCUGA